UGUGACGUAUAUUAUAAAUUUUCAGUGCUGGCAGUGAGUAAUAGAACAUAGGUCGUUUCAUUCCCUUUAUGUUUUUAUACACGUGGUUGAAAUUCCGUUUAAUCUGAUAUGAAGUUAGAAGAAGAUGUGGCUUAUUCAUGCAACACAUGGAAAAUUGACCUUAUAAGGACAAGUUGCUGAUAAAUGAGAAAUAGAGAAACAAGUAUAUAGAUAAUGAAGUCACCUUUGUGAACAAACAUCAAGAAUGUGCCUUCACAAACUGUUCUCUUUGAUGAUCCUUAGCUGUUGCUAAAUUUAUAUUAUUAAGAAGCUUUAAAUCAGUUUGUUACAAGAUUUGGUUGAAGAGAAUCUCAUAUAUCUCCUGCGAGGAUAUUUUAUAACAAUGGCAAAUCAGGUAUGCGAUGAAUCUGCCAGAAAUAUGCGACUGAUAAGUUCAGAUGAUGAAGGAUCCAUUCGAUUGCAAGCCGACAAUCGACAAGAACCUGUCGGUAAGGUACAGAUGAGAAAACAACUUGGUCUCCUAGAAGGAGUGGCUAUUAUAUUGGGAAUUAUAUUUGGUUCAGGCAUUUUUAUCACACCAAAGGGUGUUAUACAAGAAGUAGGUAGUGUUGGACUAUCAUUAAUCAUAUGGAUAUUAUGUGGUUUGCUUUCUAUGGUGGGUGCAUUAUGCUAUGCUGAGUUAGGUACCAGUAUACCUCGUAGCGGAGGAGAUUACGCUUAUAUUCAUGAAGCUUUUGGUGUUCUGCCUUCAUUCUUGUACUUAUGGGCCGCUAACUUAAUUUUUGUACCAACAACGAAUGCUAUCAUGGGAUUAACCGUUGCUCAAUAUGUCUUGCAACCAUUUUUUCCCAAUUGUAAUGUUCCAGAUGAUUGUGUACGAUUGAUAGCUGCACUGAGUAUAUGUUUGCUAACUUUUAUUAAUUGCUACGACGUGAAAGAAACUUCGAAGAUGCAAAAUAUAUUUAUGUUUGCGAAAAUCGGAGCGCUGGUGAUUAUUAUCGUAGCUGGAUUGAUCUGGCUUUGCAUGGGAUACACGGAGAAUUUCGAGGAUACUUUCGAAAACACAAAUUCUAGUCCUGGCAAGGUCGCCGUGGCAUUUUAUUCUGGCAUAUUCUCUUAUUCGGGAUGGAAUUAUCUUAAUUUUAUGACAGAGGAACUAAAAAAUCCUUACAAGAAUCUACCACGCGCGAUUUACAUAUCACUGCCGUUGGUGACUUUCAUCUACGUCAUGGCCAACGUAGCUUACCUAGCGGUUCUAACGCCGACAGAUAUGAUCGCUUCCAAUGCCAUCGCAGUGACUUUCGGCAAUCGAGUGCUCGGAUAUUUAGCCUGGACCAUAUCGCUGAUGGUGGCGGUGUCGGCCUUCGGCGGAUUGAGCGUGCACAUAAUGACGUCGUCGAGAAUGUGUUUCGUCGGUGCCAGAAACGGCCAUUUCCCCUCGAUGUUGAGCCACAUCAACAUGUCCAGACUGUCGCCUACGCCUGCCUUAGUAUUUCUGUGUAUUCUGUCCCUGGUGAUGCUAUGCACAAGCGAUAUCAUCGUACUGAUCACGUACUGCAGCAUAGUAGAAUCGUUCUUCAUUAUGGUCUCCGUGGCUGGGAUUUUGUGGUUACGAUACAAACGGCCCAACAUGGAACGGCCGAUCAAGGUCCCACUGUGGAUACCUAUAACAUUCGUAGCGAUAUGCGCUUUUUUAGUUCUUGUGCCAUGUUAUGAAAGGCCGUACGAAGUCGGAAUGGGUAUUCUAAUUACUGCCUCCGGUAUACCCGCGUACUUUAUCGGAGUAGUUUGGGAAAACAAGCCGUCGUGGUUCCAGAAAGUCAACGUUAAAGCUACUCAUACCAUACAGAAGUUAUUCCUGUCCGCGAGAGAGGAACGUGAAAUCGAUUAA